UCCAUGUUUAUUUUCUUUUCGGUGUUACAAAUAUUUUUGUCUGUCAAAACAGCAAAGUCCAAAAUGGCAGCUGACGAUGAUGGUGAUGUGUUUGAAAUAACAGAUUUCACAACUGCUUCUGAAUGGGAAAGGUUCAUAUCCAGGGUGGAAGAAAUUCUACAUGAGUGGAAGCUGGUUACCUCCACACCAAAAUCUCCUGCCCCAAAGGGAUCGUAUACAACGGGAGCCUGGGAGGAGAAGACAUCCAGCUUAAAGUUUGCGGACUUCAAUUUUACACUGACUCACAUCUGGCUACAGUGGCGCGAUGAAAGAAGAGAGAAAUCUUCAGAAAAAGAGAGCGGGGAAGAGGAGGAUGAAAGUGACAUUGAGGUGACCCCAACAGUGUAUGGGGACUUGAUGAACAUGGAUAAUGACUUUCCGUCCAGGGCUCACUGUGUCUGCAGAUGGUAUGGCGUACAAGACUUUGUGACGUUGGUUCCAGCAGGCAACACAGAGGCUGUCUUGGGGGAGAGUCGAAUGAAAAUACUUGUGUCAUCUGUCAACAUAGCGCUCAGUGAUGCAGGCUGUAUUGUUCCAGUGUUUGUUCAGAUACACCAGAAGUGGCGCCGGCUCUACCAGGGUACCUGUAUACUGCCUGGAUCAUCUGUGGAGUUUGGGAUGGUUCACCUGAAACGUACCCCCCCGCAGUACAAUCAUCUUGCUGGGCUGCUGGAUGUGUUUAAAGCCAAACUGGGCACUGUAGUUGAUCACAGGCCCCCAGUGUCAGUGGCUGUGAGGUUUCUGUACAUGCUAUAUGAGUGGGUAAAUGCACCCUGGAGUCAGCCAUUACCUGUGUCUGCCAGUAAAGUUAGAAAACGUGAUGACUUUGAUGGCGAGGUGGGAUGUUCAGGAUUUGACAAGCUGCCUUUUGGAGCCUGUGAAGAUCCCGUCAGUGCUCUGAACCUGUACUGCACAUGGCCGAGCCUGUCCGAGGAUAUGAUUGUGGAAAACCAGGUCUACUCGGACCUGGACCCACUUCAGGCCCCACUCUGGUCAGUCAGGGUUCAGAUGACAGAAGACCCACAGUGUCUUCUGGGAGAGUACCUAAGCCAAUUCUUAGCCCUGUGUCACAGACAGGAGACCCUGGAACAACUGCUUGGAGGAUUAGGGCAGGAAAUGAGGCAGAGUGAUUCCACUGGUGACAUCAGCACAGCUCUACAGCGGUUAACGGAACCCCAACUGUCAUAUAACAUGCCUUCACUGUCCUCGUACGUGGCCCAUCCCCCUAAACAAGGAGCUGUCAAGCCCACAUUGACUCCUAUAGAGGGAGAUAUGCUCACGCAGAUAUUACAGCACCUGUUCCCUGAUAGUGUUAAACCCAUGUCAGGGGAUACAAGCGAAGAAUCAGGGGAGGAAACUGCAACACAACGUCUGGAGUUACCCAGACAGCUGAAAUCUGCCCCAGUGGAAAGUCUCCUCUACCGGUUUGCCAUCACUCUGUGUGUACUCAACCAUAACAACGGGGGGAUUCUGGCCGUCGCUCAGAUGUGGCAGGAGUUUGUCCUUGAAAUGAGAUACAGAUGGGAACACUCACACACUGUUGUUGGAGUCGAGCAGGGACCACCAAACCUGGGUUCUUGCAUCCUUCAGCAGAAGUUACAGAUGCUGAACUGUUGUAUAGAACACAAGAAAAAGAGGGAACAGCUACACAAGGGGUACACAGGGGAAAUCCAGUCACCUUCUUCCCCCUUCAGAGGCCCCUCAACUUCCCAAGUGUCAAGGUCAAUGUCACAUGAUGAAUGUAUGAAUAUAACUGAUGUCACUUCUAUAAAUAGCCCCCUUGGAGCAUGUGCAAUAGAGGAGGAAGUUACUGGAAAUGAUGCUUGUGAUAAAAAUAACCAGUCUUAUUCUAAAAAUAGAAAUGGUGUUAAAAAUAGAAAUAAAGGAAGUGCAAUACGAACCAAUGAGAAGAGAGAUUCACAGAGGUUAGCAAGUUCAGGUGAAUCCAGUGAUGACGAAUUCUUUGAAUGUAAUGACGAUGAAGCAAACCAGUCAGAUGAAAAAGAUGUAGACACAACCUCAGAAAAUAGAAACAAGUCACAGGGGACAACCAGCGAGCAGACGACAGAGGGUGAGGAGAUGGAAGAUAAUGAAAACCAGACUGAAAAUGAAAUUGAUUGUCAAGAUGAAGAUCAGACUGGUUUAGAAGGUGAUGAAAAUAGAGAAGCAUCAUCAGAAAACCCUGAUUUGACUGGUUCACAGACAACACAGGAUACAAAUAGUCUAAGUAAUGUGUCAGUAGUCAGUGACACUCAGUAUAAGGAAAGUUACUCUCACUCCCCAGAAGGGCGAUUGGCUACUUUUCAGGAUCUUCGCUUGAUUAACUGUGAUGACAGAAUGUACAUACCGGUCACCCAGGAGCCUGCACCAAUGACUGAAGAUAUGCUAGAAGAACACGCAGAGGUCCUUGCAAAAUUGGGAACAUCAGCAGAAGGGGCGGAGUUAAGGGCACGGAUGCAAAGUGCCUGUCUUCUUUCUGAUAUGGAGUCUUUCAAGGCAGCCAAUCCCGGUUGUGUUCUGGAUGAUUUUGUGAGAUGGUAUUCACCCCGGGACUGGAUCGAGGAACAAGUUGAAGAUGAACAUGGGAACUUGAAAACUGAAGGUCAGUUAAGCGUGCGAAUGCAGAUACCCGGGAAUAUGUGGGUAGAAGUCUGGCAGACAGCACGACCUGUUCCAGCUCGCAGACAGAAGAGGCUCUUCGAUGAUACAAAGGAGGCUGAAAAGGUGUUGCACUACUUGUCAUCUUUAAAACCGUCAGACGUCGUGGUUCUGUUGAUGCCAAUGUUGAUUCAUGCUGCUCUUCUCAAGGCCAUGGAAAAUGAGGAUAAAGACAUUCCUGUACUGAAACAGGCGAUUGAACAAGCGUGCAACAAGGCAUCCCAAGUAACAAGAGCACCACAGCAAGAUGCGAAAAGAUACGAGGAGUGUAUACGGAUGAUUAUGCAAGCGGAGGUGAUAAUUGCUCGGAGCUUGUCUUUGAAGACUAAGUUCACCUCUGAACUGCUUGAACACCGUGAUGCAACCACAGAACUGCAGGUGUUUGUACGCAGUGUCCUUCAGAACUCUGAGGUCACGAUCCGUGGAGGCCCAAUGGGCCCAGCUGGUUCUGUGAUAACAAAACUGUUCCAGUCUGCCAUGAGGGCUUCAUACAUGAUACUUGACGAUGAUGACACAGGGACCACACAACCUUCACUGGCUGAAGAGGAUUCCACCCACAAUUCAUCAGUUCCAAACUUCCCACGCCCCUUGGCUCGCGAGUAUAUCCUGCGAACGAUCUUGCCCCGUCCAGCACCGUACUCCCGAACUCUUCCACAACGCAUGUACUGUUGUAUAGAAGAGGAUGAGUUCCGUCUCGCUGGAGCGUUUAGUAGCGAUACUGUAUUUCAAUGAUAUUAGUGGAAAUUGAAUAAUGAUAUCAAUUGAUAUGACAAUGAAAUCGGAUUUUGAUCUUGACAAUGACUCACAAUACUGGCAAUAGAAUAUAUUGACUCCAAGACAACAUGCAUUUAUUUUAAAAUUGUCCAGGGUUAUCAUUUGACUUCUUAAUCUCUUCAUUGGUUAAACAGUUAUAAAUAUUUAUAUCAGGGUGGUCUGGCAUCAAUUCAACUGGUUGAAUUGUUAUUCAUAUUUAUAGUUGUUUUCUCUGUCCAGGCUGUAACUUUGUCAUGCACUGAGGUAUUUUGAAAUACAUUGGCAUAUAUGUGUUCGGUACAUAAAGGUGAUGAGUCAGGUGCAAAAUCCAUGACCAUACAUCAAAGCUCAAGGUCACUCUUAUAGUUUGAUCAUUAUGGAUUUCUGCAAAUAUGCACACAAAUAUAGUUGGCUGGGUCCAGGCUGUAACCUUGGCAGUCACAGAAAAUUAAUUUCACAUGUGUUUGGUACAAAAAGGUGAUGUGUCACAUGCAAGACCCAUGUCCCUAUGUCAAAGUUCAAGGUCAUACUCAGAGUUUAAUCAUUAUGCAAUUUUGCAUAUAUGAUCAUAGAUAGAAUAUCUGUGGCUAGCCGAUAACUUUGUCAUGCAUAGAGGGAUUUUAAAUUAUUUUGGCUCAUGUGUUCUUUGCAUUAAGGUUAGACCCAUAUCCUUAUGUCAGAGUUCAAGGUCACAUUCAAGUGUUUAAUUAUAAUGGAACCCUGCAUAUUUGCACAUAGAAAGAGUUGGUCGUGGCUGACCUUGAGGGAUUUUAAAACUACUUGUGUUGCGUACAGUAAGAUGCCCUGUUGCGUGCAAGACCCCCGCCCAAACUUUUCAGUCCUACUUCAUGACUCCUCUCACUUGAGGUCAAUUAUCAUGGCGUUUGGUGUAUGCUUGUCAAUCAUUAUGGGGUUUGGCAUAUGCUUAUAAUUUGAGUUAGCAUUUCCUGAAUGUAGGCAUAUUAGUAAUUGCAUAUUCUAUUAGGCUGGAUGUUAUUAUGGGGGCAUUCGUCACCUAUUGUGACAGCUCUUGUUGUUUUUUAUUUGUUUUUAUUUUUGUGGGUGAGCAUGUAAAGGUUCUUUGUGAUAUUAAAUAAAAAAUCAGAUGGCACCAGUUUGCAUUCACUCCAUGUGCUGUAUGAUGUUUAUUUGGCAAUGGGUGGCUUAUUUUUGUAACAGAUUAUUGUUUUAAUUCAUUUAUUCACCGUUUGAAUAAUGAAGAAAAAGGUCUUUAUAUGUUGUUUUUUUAUUAUUAUAACAAUAUGACUUGUUUUUGAUCUAAAAAUGAUUUUCAUUGUACUUUAUUCAAAAUAAAUUAUGAACAUGA